AUGGGGAUUCAGAUGACUGGGUUGUUGGUGCUCUGUUACCUAGAACUGACUUGGACAAUGUUUUUUGACCUGGGGGAGCAAGAAGAGAAAUGCAUCAUUGAGGAGGUGCCAGAGGACACACUCGUAACGGGGUAUUUCUUACUGGAAUAUUGGGACUCUAAGAAGCCAAAUCACUCACCCCAUCUUGGUCUGACUGUCACUGUGAGCGACCCAGACCACCAGACUUUGAUGUCUAAAAGAUAUGGGCGAAAGGGAAAAUUUACAUUUACUGCACAUUCCUCUGGCCUCCAUUUCCUGUGUAUGCAGUCCAACUCCACACGCUUUGCAGUGUUUGCUGGGGACAGGCUGCGACUGCACCUGGAUGUUCAAACGGGAGAACACACCAUGGACCCAGGCACUGUGAAAGCAAAAGACACAGUGAAGACCAUGGAGUACAGCCUGCAGCACAUAAUCGACCAAAUGAUGUACAUCAGCAGGCAGCAGAACUUCCAGAGGGAGCGGGAAGAGACAUUUCGUCAAAUCAGUGAACAAACCAACGGAAAUAUUUUGUGGUGGGCUAUCCUGCAAACGUCCAUUCUUCUCGCCGUCGGUGUCUGGCAGAUGAAGCGUUUGAAAGAUUUCCUCAUCGAAAAGAAGCUCGUAUAA